GCAGCCCACCGUCCGCUGGCGGUACGGUUCCGAUGUCGUCCAAACGGAAAUCACCCCCGAACAAGCUCUCCAAUGCGGUGACGAUCGAGAAGAACAACUUCAAGAAGAUCUCGCUGAAGAAUGAGGAGUUCCUGAAGUCGUCCCCGGUGAAGGAGCUGAACUGUGCGUACGAUACGAACUUUCUCGCGAUGCAGAAGAUGAGCGCCGAUCCGAAGUUUCUCAAGCACGACGAUCUGCUCAGUGCCCGGCACGACGAGCAUCUGCUGCCGCUCGAGCACGACUUUCACUACAAUCUGCCGUUCCUGAACGUGGCCAGCUACAUACUGAAGGGUUCGGAUCCGACCCUCAACAAGGCGGACAACUUUCAGCUGACGAUGAAUCUGGACAGCUUGAACAUUUCGAGCGGCAAUCAGGAAACGACACCACCGUCACCGGUGUCCCCGUCGACCGCCGCGCCGAAGGUGCCCGGCACGACCAGUAGCAGUGCACCGCGCAAGCUGAACAACAUGAUCCUGAACCACCUCAAAUCGAUCGUCGACAAUUUUGACAGCAUAAACAACAAUGUGAACGAUAAGAACAGUUACGGUGGCGCGACAAACAACUGUCAGAGCGAGGACCCUCCCAUACACAUGUCACCGCCGGUAGAGCAGCAGACGGUGCCGCAGCUAAACAAUCAGUAUCUGGAGAAGAACAACCUGGAAUCGUUUCGGACCCGGCUGGACGAACGCAUCACCAAUCUGCAGCUGAGCAUGAGCGAGAUCUACCUGAUGCGGUUGAACCUAAGCUUGCUCGACUUCCCGAACGAGAUACCGAGCACACUGCUGAACAACCACAGUCCACAGCAGCAGCAGGACGAUCUGCCGAACCGGAACUGUAGCUCACAGAGUACGCAGAACAACAUCAAGCUUAUCAAACGAAGCUUCAAGGAGUCACUGUACGAGAAGGAGAAAAACAUCAACCGACUGAUCAUGUACUUUACGAUAUGGCGCGAGAUGCUACUGAAGGCGGAAUUUGGCGAAAACCGGAAGUACAAACAGAACAACAAUUCAAAAAGCAACCUCGACCAAUCGCCAUCCUGUCUGCUGGCUGGUGGUGGAGGUGUCGGCAGUACAGUGGCAGCCGGUAGCAGCACUUCCACCAGCGUCCCGGAUGGUACGGCGACACGGACGGGAAUGUCACCGGCCGCUUCCUCCACCGCCUCCGUCCCGUCCGCAACGCCGGUAGCGAGCGGGGUAGCAUCACCGAACCGGUGUGGCUCGGCAGCUGGGACCACCGUGAUCGACUGUGAUUUAGCAGGGGGACCGGUCGAGCUGGCAAACGAACCGGACAACUGCAUACGCCGAUACCAAAACGUAUUUCAAUCGAUUGCCUGCAAGAUGUCGGGCGAGCUGGGUGGACAGCUGUCACAGCAUCCGGCGGCCGGUGGUGGUCCCGUCUAUCAGCCGCCCGGUGGUGGUGGUGGUGGGAGCAGUAGUAGCAGCAGUAGUGGAGGUGGCGGUGUCACCAACACUGCACCAGCGGGUAGCACUAUUGCCCGCCGCAAUGCACGCAAACGUCCCCACCUGAUGCCACCGGAUGCGGACCCGGACCAGAUGAUACUGGCGAAGCAACCGAUGCUGUCCGGGCCAGCGUUAAACUGUUCCAGUACCGGCGUACCGGGCGGUACUACGCCAGGGCUCACACUGUACGACGAGUACGAGAAGGCAAAGGAGGACGAAAACCAAAGAUACGCGAAGGAACCGGACGUGCCGAUCAAUCUGUCCAAACGGAAGCCGUCGCGCGAUAGCCCGCUGGUACCAGCGCUCGAGCUCAGCAACGGUACCAAGCUGCCCGGCAUGCUGCCGGGCGGUAGCGGUGGAGGUAGUGGCGGUGGCGGUCCGUUUGGGCCGGCGGGACUAUUUUCCGGUUGCGAUACGGACGAGCUGAACCACCGGUUGGAGCUGAUGUCGGAUAAGGUGGGUUUGCUGCCACCGACGGCUGUCGCGCUGCUGGAGAAAGAGUCCGACAAGUACUUCCUCAAAUCGAAACGGGAUCGGCUCGAUGCGCUCGAGGCGAACCACCUGUUUGACUAUCCCGGACCGGACGGGAUGCACAAGCAUGCGAAGCUGAACCUUUACCACCAAUCGCCCAGCCCGCACCACGGGAGUCCAGAUGAGAAGCAGCAGGGUAUGGGGCUUGGGGAAUCGGCAUACCCGCUUGCACAGCAGUUCUUCAUCAAGGCGACCGAUGCAGGGGGGCACGGUGGACCGGGUGGGCCUGGACUUUCGCCCUUCAACAGUAACGCCAUGAUAGACAACAUGAACCGCCAUCUUAUCCAACGCCAACACUCGAUCGCCGCUGUUAGUGGUGGAGGUGGCGGUGGUGGUGGCGGAGGCGGCGGCGGCGGAGGCGGUGGAAGUGGAAAGAAGGAUAAAGGUAUGACGCUCGGUGGGAUGGAGCUCGGUCCAGACCUCGGCACCGGGCGCAGCCGGUCCUCUAGCACCGAGAAAAAUCACAUCAAGCGCCCGAUGAAUGCGUUCAUGGUGUGGGCGAAAGAUGAGCGGCGUAAGAUACUGAAGGCCUGCCCGGACAUGCACAAUUCCAACAUCUCGAAAAUACUGGGAGCUCGGUGGAAGGCGAUGACGAACCUCGAGAAGCAACCGUAUUAUGAGGAGCAGGCGAAGCUGUCCAAGCAGCACAUGGAGAAGCAUCCGGACUACCGGUAUCGGCCACGGCCGAAGCGUACCUGCAUCAUCGAUGGCAAGAAGAUGCGCAUCUCCGAGUACAAGUGUCUGAUGAAGAACCGACGUCAGGAGAUACGACAGUUCUGGACGCGGGACUACGACAGCGGUACCGACCAGAAGUGUCCGCUCAAGGACGCUGGGAAGGUGAUCAAGAACGAGGCCAUGUAAAA